AUGAUUGAGGGGUAUCAGCACGCUGAUCACAAGCAUAAAAUUGGAAUCGGGCAAGAGAAGAGCCCUAAAGACGGCGAGAUUUACAGUGUCGCUGUGUCAUUCACAAUGCGUAAAGGAAAACCAACCGAGGAAGUGUUGGACUUAACCAAAUUCAACAGCAAGGAUAUUCGCGCUUUUGCUCUAAAGUGUGGAGUGAAGGGAGCAGGUAGCAAGAAACUGUACGAUUGCAGGAUGGAGAUUGCCCGCAGUGUUCAGAUGGGAACGAUGUACAACGACCAAUCUAUUUCCAACCCAGGAUCGUCUUCCGCAACGAAGAGGAUCAACACUCUCAUUAAAGUAUUGAAUAUUUGCUUCCACGCUAACAAUUUCAAUGACUUUGUUUCUCUCAACGACAGUAAGCAACGAAAGGACUACGAACAACAGCCUCUCUCGGAGCAGGGAGUUACAGGAAAUCCGGUGAAGGACUUUUGGGUUCUUGUGUCGAGCGAAAUGAACGAGACAUCGGACGACUCUUUCGAUACCGUCUUAGGGCUGAUAGAGGGGGAAGACGACAGGCUCUUUGCAUGGAACGAAGAACACGGUUUCAACCUGAAUGACAUCAACCGUGGACAGGAUUUUAAGUCAGUUCGACAGCUUGUGUGUGAUUUGAUGAAAGCGCGGGAGAGAUGUCAGUUGGAAAUGAAGAAGUCUGGCGAGGGCAGCAACGAUCUGUGGACGUACUGCACAAAUCCGAAGUUCACUAAACCCCGGCAAUCUACUGCAGUUCUACCGGCGGUUGCUGUCUACUACUGUAACCAUCUUUGCCUCAUACAUCCGGCCGUUGAUGGCAAGUUCGCUGCGUUUAUGAGCGACAAUUUGAAGAGUGACUCUACGAUAGCAUUUACUGGGAGUGCCGAUUCCGGCGGUGGCAAAGGUGGCAAGCAAGCUGUUGUGGCCGUUAUGGAAGCUAUCACCAAUAUUUUGGUUUUUGCUUGGACACUGGUCAGGGAAAGCCAAGACCAGACCAAACAGCAACGUGAGGUCCACUUUGUUGUUGUUGCUACGGAAGGCUGAACCACACCGAGUGCGGAAUGGAGGCAUUAGUUUGAGAGGACCUUGUCUUGCUAGCUUCCUGCUAGUAGGUCAACGUUUUCAGCCAAAACGAUCUUGUCGGCGUCGGGGGGAACACAUAGAGUUCUUGCGUCGUUCGGCUAGCCAGUUGUGUGUCGUGGCUUGUUCCAUGCCUCUCUUUGGCCCUUUGGCUUCCAUCAUGUUGAACACUUGAUUCUUCUUGGUAUGUUAGAUUCCGACCAGCAUCCGCUAUUCCAACAAGUUUCCUUGUCAGUGUGAAUACGGUAGACAAGCGAACACAAGGUCGAGCCCGCCAGCGAGUGGGGCAAUGGCUCUGGUGCACGUCUAAUCGAACCAACAGGAGCGAAGACGUCAAUUUCUUGAUUGAUCUGCUUUGAAAUGUCCCGUCUCGUCGCUCACUCGAGCAAUGGAGUGGAAAUGAUUCAUCGAGUUGGGAUUCUUUGACUGCUGCCAUUUGCGUCCGUCAUGAAGACGGGAUCUCUAAGGUGGUUGGGGUGGUCUCUGAUCAGCGAACAGACUUGGGACCAAUCCGCAUCGACCCGUUGAAGGCGUAUGCAAUCUGCCCGUGCUUUCCCUUUGUGGAGUUUCAGGGUUGCAAUGGCGCAAUGUCAGAUACCUGCGAGCGAGAAAGCUUCCGUUAUCGGCGCCAGUACGGGCGGCGCAGAGCGAUCAAACCGGGCAGCUCGCACUUACCAGCUGGACACUGUAGUUUUGCUGAACCAUCAAUCCUGUCACAAUCAGCACGAUCAGCACGAGAGGCUGGACCUCUCAAAUGCUUGCUCGGAUCCACGUCGAUUACAUAGACGACGGAAACUUGCAGCUUGCAGACACGGGGCAGAAAGAGCCAAGGGUUAGGCAACAUGCAUCGUCCGUUUGGUUAUUGGUUGAAAGGAUUUUCUUCAGUCGCAGUGGAAAACAUUGGUGGAAGACAAAAAUGAAACAAUACGUACCAAUUGAGCAAUCUACAAUUCACUCGAGGAUGAUGCUCAGUUUCGAAUUGGAAUCUGGAAACAUGCCAUACUGUGCUCCUGCCAUGCUCCUCAAGCACAAUCAAUUACGACUCUGGGCACCUUUUCACUCCAAAGUGGCACCCGCUUCAAAUUGAACGCUGGAACAAUGCAGGUUGUUGCGAUGCGAAAUCGCAAUCAUGAUCAGCAUGGGCGCGUCUUAUGGAAGCGAGUACGCCUCUUCGCAUUGGAUCUCGAAGCGUGCUAUGUCGAUGUGGUGAUCAUCAAUCACAAUCACAAACAAAACAAACAAUUACAAUUGAGCUCCCUUGAGCUGAUGCAUGCCAGGGCUUUGCCAGUGAUGGCGACGAUGAUGUGGGGUUCAUGGGCGAGAAGAUACCGGGAGCACAAGAUGGCUUUCGUGAGCAAAACAGCAAAAGUGAAUCUCGAAUUGCUGCCCAUGAUACUCCCCCACCAAACAAAGUCAAUGACUUGAUUCUGCUCGAGUUCUGAUUGCCAACGAGUUUGAUUUCCCUUGCUUUCCUGUUCAACAACUUGGUGGGUCCAUUCUGGCAAUUGCUGCAUGAGACUCUAAUGGUCCAUGUAGUCUCGCCAAGCGAAACUGGAACAUCAACAUUAGGCUGAAGGCCGACCCUCCUUUCUGAGCAUCCUAAAGUGAUUGUCCUACCGAUUCAAAUGCCUUGAAGAUGAAAGAAGAAAGGAAAUAGACGAUGGGCCUUGUCCUUGCACAGCCGGAUCUUAGUGAGCCAACUUGAAUUGAAUUACUUACUACGGUUCAGAUGGAGUGGACAAAGAAGGAAGGAGGCAAUGCUAUUGGAUAUGCAAUAAUAUACGGCAUGUGUGUAUGUUUUCGCAAAGCGGUUCUUAUCAAUGGGAUCUGAACUGUCAUUCAACAGUUAGCAGGAUGUAAAAAGACGCAACCCAAUACUGUUCCACUCCAUCCUCUUACCGGUACUUACGUGUGAAACUCAGUGUUUAACUUGGACACUCAACAAAAAGAAAGGCAAUUCUAUUGCUGCAUCCUGCUCAGAAGACCAUAUGCAUCUUUCGCAAAGGUCCUACCGGUUCACCUGUCAAAGGUCAUAGCUAUCUCUGAUGUUGUGAUCGGAUCUCUCAGGUAAAUAUUGAACUGUCAAGAUGCCCAAGAGUGUUCUCGUGCAACAGUAGCCAAUUUCAAAACACGGAACCACAUCAGCUGCUUUGCUUCAUGGGAGAUGGGAGUGGAAAAUCCAGCAAGUGAAACUCUCCAAAAGCCUCUUGCUGGGUUGGUACCUUACAGGAUGCCGCUCCCAGUCGGAGUUUAUUGUACUACCGCACCACCAUGAAUCGAAACAGCACAGCUUGCCAACGGACGCCAGUGACCGUAGACUUGCUGCUUGAGGUGAUGUGCGAAGCGGCAACCUGUGUGGCGAACGACCGAGAUGAACGAUGACUUUGGAUUCACACCGAUCCGAUCAACCCUGGAAACUAUCCAUCAAUCCGCUUAAGCCUCGUCUUGCUCCACUCCAACCAUCACCCAGCCAGCGCUUUUGUAUGGAAGUGCAGACUCGGCGUUUGGUGCUCUGGCAGCCUUCCUGUCGACCGGUAUCCUGUGAUAUGCCGAUUAUUGUUGCUUCAGCCUUGUCCACACAAGAGGAUGUGCAGAGUUCUGUUGUUGUGAACCAUCGGUGAUUUGGAUCAACCCUGAACAUCUUGCGUACCACCUCGGGGAAAGUGGGAGUGAGGAGAAGUCGUCCUCUGCUCCUGAUUGGGUUCUUUCGUCGAAGCUUUGGAAUGAUCGAUGGUUAGUACCGGUACCAGUAUCGGUGAAGCCCUGGAAGUCAUCACCCCCAACAAGCUUUGCCCUUCCCCGUUCGUUCAACCUUUUGAUUUCUAGAGUUAUAAUCGUAGACAACAUCAUCUAUCUGUGAAUGGAGGAUUUGUUGACCAGUGGA